AGGGAAGGCAGCGAGCAGGAUCCCCUACACCGCGGGCGGCGCGAGGCGUCUGGCUCUUCGCGGCGGCUGCGAGGGGAAAAGCAGCGCGGGGGCUGGGUGGAAUCGAGGAGUGAGGAAAAAAGGAAGGGGCGGGGGAGAGGGACCAGGGAAGGCGUCGGGGGGAAUCUCGCGAGGGUUGGAGUUUUGGCGAGAGUUUGUGGAAGAUGGCGCCUGUUGUGACAGGGAAAUUUGGUGAGCGGCCUCCACCUAAACGACUCACUAGGGAAGCUAUGCGAAAUUAUUUAAAAGAGCGAGGGGAUCAAACAGUACUUAUUCUUCAUGCAAAAGUUGCACAGAAGUCAUAUGGAAAUGAAAAAAGGUUCUUUUGCCCUCCUCCUUGUGUGUAUCUUAUGGGCAGUGGAUGGAAGAAAAAAAAAGAACAAAUGGAGCGUGAUGGUUGUUCUGAACAAGAGUCUCAACCAUGUGCAUUUAUUGGAAUAGGGAAUAGUGACCAAGAAAUGCAGCAGCUAAACUUGGAAGGAAAGAACUAUUGCACAGCCAAAACAUUAUACAUAUCUGAUUCAGACAAGAGAAAGCACUUCAUGUUGUCUGUAAAGAUGUUCUAUGGCAACAGUGAUGACAUCGGUGUGUUCCUCAGCAAGCGGAUAAAGGUCAUCUCCAAACCUUCCAAAAAGAAGCAGUCAUUGAAAAAUGCUGACUUGUGCAUUGCCUCAGGAACAAAGGUGGCUCUGUUUAAUCGACUUCGAUCCCAGACAGUUAGUACCAGAUACUUGCAUGUGGAAGGAGGUAAUUUCCAUGCCAGUUCGCAGCAGUGGGGAGCAUUUUACAUUCAUCUCCUGGAUGAUGAUGAAUCAGAAGGAGAAGAAUUCACAGUCCGAGAUGGGUACAUCCAUUAUGGACAAACAGUCAAACUUGUGUGUUCAGUUACUGGCAUGGCACUCCCAAGAUUGAUAAUUAGGAAAGUUGAUAAGCAGACCGCAUUACUGGACGCAGACGACCCUGUGUCACAACUCCAUAAAUGUGCAUUUUACCUUAAGGAUACAGAAAGAAUGUACUUGUGCCUUUCUCAAGAGAGAAUAAUUCAAUUUCAGGCCACUCCAUGCCCGAAAGAACCAAAUAAAGAGAUGAUAAAUGAUGGCGCUUCCUGGACAAUCAUUAGCACAGAUAAGGCAGAGUAUACGUUUUACGAGGGGAUGGGCCCUGUCCUGGCCCCCGUCACCCCUGUGCCUGUCGUAGAGAGUCUUCAGUUGAAUGGCGGUGGGGACGUAGCAAUGCUUGAACUCACAGGACAGAAUUUCACUCCAAAUUUACGAGUGUGGUUUGGGGAUGUAGAAGCUGAAACUAUGUACAGAUGUGGAGAGAGUAUGCUCUGUGUCGUCCCAGACAUUCUGCAUUCCGAGAAGGUUGGAGAUGGGUGGCAGCCAGUCCAGGUUCCAGUAACUUUGGUCCGUAAUGAUGGAAUCAUUUAUUCCACCAGCCUUACCUUUACCUACACACCAGAACCAGGGCCGCGGCCACAUUGCAGUGCAGCCGGAGCAAUCCUUCGAGCCAAUUCAAGCCAAGUGCCCCCUAACGAAUCAAACACAAACAGCGCGGGAAGCUACACAGACGCCAGCACAAAUUCCACCAGUGUCGCAUCAUCUACAGCAACAGUGGUGUCCUAACUACCGUCUUUUUGCUAGGACUUAAACUGACUUGAGUGCGGCAAAAAGUUGACAAAAGAGAGGAAAAAUAAAUGAACAAUCUUUUGUGGUUUCUUGGGAAAACUUUUCAUACCAGGUGAUACUAUUCAAAAUCCGUUACCUGCAAGUGCUGAUUUGAAAUGCAGAAGCCACAGUAAAA